UUGUAGAAGAUUCGGACUCUUUCAAUGGACUCUAAAGUCUUAAACUCAAACCAUUAAUUGGGCCUUAAAAAAAACCAUUAAUUAUGUAUUUCCCUUCCUUUCCUUAGCCGUUUCUUUAUUGGGAAUUAACCUCUUUUCUUCUUUCAGUCCUCAUUGGGUUGCAAUCGCUCCCUCAGUACAUUCCUUCCCGCUGCCAGUCUGCCACCUCUGUUGUCCAAUUAAUCUAUCCUUCGACUGGGGCAAAAGAUUUAAAAAUCAGAAUGGUGGAUGCAAACUCAGUAAUGGUGGUAAUUAGGGCUUCUCGUCCCACUUUCAGAAAUGCACAUGACAAAAUAGCUUUUGCAGUUCAUGCAUCUUUUCUUGCUUCAGACUACAUCCUUACAGCUACUGGGCAUCCUGCUUUCUCUGAAAGUGCUUUAUCAUCUUCUUCAGAUGAAGUUGGUAUAGAGGGAUGGAAUGACACUGAUGACUCCUAUGGUUUCGUCUAUGUGAAUGAAUCAAAGGGCUCAAAGAUAUCAGUCAUGGUGAAAUGUUUGGUGAUGGGGGAUAGUUUGAUUGUUGAUGCACUGCUUAUUGGGAAUGGAGAAACAAAACCUCUGAAUAUCCAAAUCAAUGUCAAUGACUAUGAUGGCAGGAGUGAGGGCACUAACUAUUCACAGAUGUAUAAGAAUUUUGGUGAGCUUGUGAGGUGUUUGGAUUCUAAUAUCUUGUCCAAGUUGAAGGAAUCACUAAUGGUUCCAAGCAGUUCAUCUUCUUCCCUUCCAAGGUCAAAAGCAAGUGUGGAGUCAGAGCAUGACAAAAGUGAUCCUGGUGUAAGAGUCACUGAGCCACAAGUCCCGCAACAAAUACCUCCUGGCCUUGUAUAUCCUCCAGUUCCUUCUCUUGGUUCAAGUGAUCUUUACCCCGGGCCUUCAGCUGGAGUCUAUCCUUCCAGGGGCACUGGCAUUGGUGGAGGCAUGCUUCUAGGACCAAAUGACCCCAGCUGGUUUGGUGGCAUAGGUGGAGAACAUAGAUUCCCCGGUGGAGCUCCGGGUGUUCCACCAGGUGCUCGAUUUGAUCCCUAUGGCCCUCCAGGCGUUCCUGGUUUUGAGCCUAGCCGUUUUGCCAGGGUCCCAAGGAGGCCUGGUGGUGGGAUUCAUCCGGAUUUGGAACACUUUGGGGAUGGCUCGGAUAUCAUAUAAUUUAGCUGUGUGGGGGAUGUCGGGCAUUACCUCCUAUUAUAUAGUUCUAUGUACAGUUUAAAUGUUAAUACCAGCCAAGAUUCCAAUGUUUGGGUUUUACUGUAAACAAGCAUUUUGUUGAAAUGUGACUUCUGCUCCAACGAAUGAUGUCGAACAUGAUAGGCAUAUGAAUAUGAUGAAACAAAUCCGGUCUCCUACCCACAGGACAUUACAGCUGUACAUUGGGAAUAUCUCCCCAAUGAAUGUAAGAUGGUCUCAACAGUUAUGAGAAUAUUAAGUCAAAAGUUAUUUGCCUUCACAGUUCCAACACUAAGGAAAAUAUAUUCCAUGUCAUAUGUGGGAGUAUAAUAAUAACCAUAUGUGAUGUAUGCUUUCUUUGGGAGUAUAAUAAUAACAAUCUGUGAUGUAUGCUUUCUUUUCA